AUGUUAUUCCAAUCAAAUCCUUAAGUUGCUAAGAAUCUGUAUAUCUCUUUUCAUUUACAUUAGAUUAGGAAAUCGUUAAAAAAGAUUUGAACAUACUAUGAAAUCCAUGUAAAAAAUUAAAACAUUUGUUGAUCUAACUAAAAGACUGAAAUUACUUAAUCCACUUCAAUUUAAAUAAGUUUAAAUCAUUAUUUAACAUUUAAAAUAAUAAGCAAAACUUAGAUAAUUCUUCAAAAAAGAAGAUGAUGAAAAAAACCAUAUUAUUGCAAUCUCUAAAUAAUUGGAAUUAGAAAUUGAUAUGCUAAACAAUAUAGAAAAUGAUGAAGAAAAAUAAAAUCUAAUCCUUGAUAUACUUUAAUUAGAUUUCUCACCAAAUGAAAUUGCAACUAUGGUAUAAGAAUCUUCUAUGACACUUGAAACACAUCAUAAUUUACAUAGAAUUUAAGAAACAAUCAAUAAACGUAACUUAAGAUAAUAAUCAAAAAAUUAAGUACUUGAUUAAAUCAAUAACUUAAAUUUUUUAUAGGAUGUUAAUAAUGAUUCCUCUGAUUUUUAUAAGGAAACUAUCAAAAGUUUUAAUUCAAAAAGACAUCAAUAAUAAAAUAAUGAAUUAUCAGUUAAUGAAAAGUUUGAACUCUUAAAAAAAUAUCUAUUACAAAAAGGUAUAUAAAUAGAAAAAAAAGAAAAAGUACCUCAUUAAGAAUACUCAAAAUUUUAUGCUUAAUAAGCUAAUAAAUUAAUUAAAUCAACAAAACUUAAAUAACUCAAAUAAAUUCAUGUCUCUAGUCCAAAAUCAGCAUCCAUCUCUCCAGAAUUAUUACAUCCUUAAUCAUAUCAUACAAAUCAUAAUUUUAAAAAAAUGGAGAAAUUAGAAAGUAAUUAUCAAACAAGUAAUAAUGUUUCAUCUACUACACUUAAUACUCCUCAACUCACUCCAAGUAAAUUACUAAAAUAAAAAUCAGAAGAAUUUUUAUCAUCUUAAUAAUAAUAAAGUAAUACUGAAAGAAUUAUUGCACCUAAGAGAAAAAGUGAUCAUUAAAUUAUAUCAACCUCAAGAAAUAUUUUACUUAAUCCAAUAGAAAAUGAAAAAGAAGAUCAACCUAUUAAAACUAAUUAAUCAUCAUAACCAUAAGUUAGUUAUUUUCAUAAAAGUAUUGAUUAACUUAGAGAAUUUCAAGCAAAUACUAAAGCAGUUUAAACAUUUUUUAGAAUGGAAAACAAAGAUUCAUUACAUACAAUGAGAGAAAUGGAAAAAAUAUUAAAAAAACCACUUAAAUAACAUUUUAAUGAGUUUAUGAGUGUUCAUUAAGAAGAAAAUGAUGGAACUGAUUGUCUAGGUAAAAGAAAAAAUAAUAUGAAAAGAAAUAUAAGAUUGAAUAAGAUAUUUAAAUCUGAAUUAGAAUGA